GGGUGCAAAGCUUGAAGAUGUUAAAGAUGAGGGCUGCCCUUGAGGAAAAAUCGAGGCACAAGAAUGUUUUAAGUUCAAAUGUUUCAAAAGAGGAGAAAAACCAAAAACAUUCGAAACCAGUGAAGGGGCAGCUAGAGACCUAUGCAGAUUUCGAUGAUCAUGCUACUGAAGAUGUAGCAUCUCGUCAUGGGUUGAUGAAUGGGCAUGCAGGAUCAUUGGAAUUAACUAAACUGUCCAAUCUUCUGCGGGUUGAAAACAAGAGACAGAAGAAGGUCAUGUCGGGUGAUGAUGAUUUGCCAAGGAGGGAUGAUAUUGGAGAAACAUGAGCUUCAAGUAUUGGCUGGAGCUGGAGUUAAGUCAGAGGAGGAUCUCGGUGACGAAGAUGGGAAUCUUGAGGCUAAUGGAGGUGCUGACCCUGAGGAAAGUGAAUCUGAAGAGUCAGCCGAUGAGUUUUAUAAGCAAGUGAAGCAGCAACAAGCUGCAAAACUUGCCGCCAAGGCAGAGAUGUA